AUGAUGGCAGCUCUGGAGCCCCUGCCUUCGCCGCCGCUGUCAGAUGAUGGCAACGAUGUUUCACCAGAGAAAACCGUCGAGACCCUUUCCUCCUUGAUCAAGUCUACCUACCAGACUUCGACGUUGAAGUUCUUCGUCAAUGGGCGACCCGUGACUGUCAAGAACCCCAACCCGGACUGGGCUCUCCUCGACUGGAUCCGAGCCCAGGAUAAUCUCAAGGGCACAAAACUAGGAUGCGGCGAAGGAGGCUGCGGUGCCUGCACCGUCGUUCUUCAAGUUGCUGAACCAGACCGGCGGAUCAAGCACAUUGCCGUCAACGCCUGUCUCUAUCCGUUGAUCGGGGUUGAUGGCAAAAGCCUUAUUACUAUUGAGGGGCUCGGUAAUGUCAACCACCCACACCCCCUCCAAGAGAGAAUCGCAAAGAUGCAUGGUACGCAAUGCGGUUUUUGCACCCCCGGAAUUGUCAUGAGCUUGUACGCUCUCAUCAGAAACUCUUACCGAGACGGAAAGUUCUAUCUAAGCCACUCCGACGUCGAGCUCCAGGGUCAUCUUGAUGGCAAUCUUUGCAGAUGUACUGGGUACAAACCCAUCUUUGAGGCAGCGCGAACGUUUGUCACCGAAGACCUCAAAGGCCUUCUCGCCAACAGCGGAGAACCCAAAGAAGAAUCCGUGAUCAGCCCGCCUCUAUCUGAAGACGACGACGAUAGCGUUUUGCGCUCUGCAAGCAAACCUGUUUCAUGUGGUCGGCCGGGAGGGUGUUGUCGAGACACCCCAAACACUGCGGACAUCAACGAAGUUGUUGCGAACCCAGAACCAAGUCCUCCUACUUCUGAUGACGACGAAGAUAACAUCGUCUCGAAUAUUAGCAGCUCGGGAUCCUGUGGUCGUCCGGGCGGCUGUUGUCGGGAUGGGCCGAAACAAGGUGGCUGCAGUUCCGAUACGACUGAGGAGCCGUCACCUAAGACCAUGGAGACACCAAUCUCAGCUCCAAGACCCAAAGAUACCCCCAUAAAAUCCAACUCGCCAGACGAGAUGGUCACCAAACAGAUACUGGUGCCGUACGACCCAACAACAGAACCAAUUUUCCCGCCUUCGCUUUGGAGAUACGAACCCCAACCAAUUUGCUACGGCGACGACCGAAGGCUUUGGUUCAGACCGACAACCCUCGACCAACUUAUACAGAUCAAGGCAGCCCACCCAUCGGCGAAGAUUGUAGGGGGUGCAAGUGAAACACAGAUUGAGGUUCGCUUCAAGAAGCUAGCGUACCAGGUUUCCGUAUUUGCGGCAGACAUCGCCGAGCUCAACACAUACAGGGACCCUGGCCUCCAGACCCAGGCGGAGCUGAGUUCUCUGCAGGAGGUUUGCAUUCCAGGUAACCUGACAUUGACCAAAGUCGAGGAGCUCUGCACCACUCUGUACCAGAAACUUGGCGCGAAAGCAUUUGCUCUUGAGGCACUCCGGAAGCAGCUUCGCUACUUCGCAGGACGUCAAAUUCGCAACGUCGCCAGUCUUGCCGGAAGCUUAGCCACCGCAAGUCCCAUCUCAGACUCUGCUCCAGUGCUGCUGGCUGCUGGAGCCAAAGUCUCCGUCACGUCUCACUCCAAAGGAUCUUUCGAAAUCCCGCUCUCGUCCUGGUUCAUUCGCUACCGGACUACUGCUCUCCCUGAAGAUGGCGUCAUCACUCAGAUCAUUGUGCCUCUGCCUCCAGAAGGUGCACGCGAAGUCACAAAAGCUUACAAACAAGCCAAGAGGAAGGAUGAUGAUAUCGCCAUUGUUACAGCUGGUCUAAGGGUUCGACUUGAUGAAGAUGGUCUUGUUGAGGAUGCCGCGUUCGCCUUUGGUGGCAUGGCCCCGACCACCGUCAUGGCCGACAAGGCACAGCAUGCAAUCCUUGGAAAGCGAUGGGCCGAGGUCGCUACACUGGAAGCUGCAACGGAUGCUCUCCUCGAGCAGUUCAACCUGGGCUACGGUGUUCCUGGUGGCAUGGCCCAAUAUCGGAGAGUUUUGACUAUCUCCAUGUUCUUCAGAUAUUGGCAUGAGGUGAUCCACGAAUUAGGUCUUGCCAAGGUCAACGCGGACCUGAUCCAAGAGAUCCACCGAGGAAUAUCUUCGGGAGGCCGUGACAACUUCACUGCUUCCAUGAAGAACAGGGGGACUCAAACAGUUGGCAGACCUAUUCCCCACUUGUCAGCAUUGAAACACUGCACUGGCGAAGCUGAGUAUCUGGACGACAUGCCGAAACAGCACAACGAGUUGUUCGCCGCGUUGGUGCUUGCAAAGAGAGCACACGCCGAGCUCGUCAGCGUUGACUACACGGCCGCGUUAGAGAUGGCUGGAGUCGUGGGCUACAUAGACAAGAAUAGCCCGGCAAAAGGAACCAACAUCUGGGGCGCGGUUGUGCAUGAUGAGCAGCUUUUCGCAGACGGCACCGUCACCUACUACGGCCAAGUCAUUGCCUGCAUCUACGCCGAGACCGCCCUUCAAGCUCGAGCAGCUGCCGAUCGAGUGGAAGUCACUUACAACGACCUACCAGCAAUUUUCACAAUCGACGAAGCCAUCAAGGCUAACAGCUUCUUCAAGCACGGCAAGCAGCUCAGGAAGGGUGAUGCAGUUGACGGAUCACUUGAGGAGGCGUGGAGCAAAUGCGAUCACAUCAUCGAAGGCACCACGAAGAUGGGCGGCCAAGAGCACUUCUAUCUGGAGACCAACGCAGCACUCGCAAUUCCUCAUAUCGAAGAUGGGUCCAUGGAGGUUUACUGUUCCACGCAGAACCUCAUGGAAAACCAAGUCUUCGUUGCGCAAGUCCUGGGACUUCCGAUGAGUCGUGUCAACAUGAGGGUUCGUCGUAUGGGAGGAGCCUAUGGAGGCAAGGAGAGUAGGAGCACGCCUAUCGCCAUGUAUAUUGCUCUUGCAGCGCGCAAGGCAAAUCGACCCGUGCGCAUGAUGCUCAACCGUGACGAGGAUAUGGCUAUAACUGGCCAGCGGCAUCCGUUCCAGGCUCGUUGGAAAGCGGGCGUUGAUUCACACGGCAAGAUCCAAGUUCUUGACAUGGACUUGUACAACAAUGGAGGAGCUUCACUCGACAUGAGUGGCGCCGUCAUGGAUCGUGCUUGUACACACGUCGACAACUGCUACUACAUCCCACAUGCAUGGAUUCGGGGGUGGGUGUGCAAGACCAACACCGUCAGCAACACUGCUUUCCGUGGAUUCGGCGGUCCUCAAGGGAUGUACAUGUGCGAGAGCGUGAUGUACAAGAUCUCCGAAGCUCUUCACAUCGACGUCGAUGAGCUUCGCCGCCGGAACCUCUACGAAGUCGGCCAAAGGACGCCUUUCCUGCAAGAGAUCACCGAUGACUUUCAUGUUCCAACCAUGCUCGAGCAACUCACGGCGACUUCUGAGUACGAAAAACGGAAGGCUGCCAUUCGAGAGUUCAACACCAAGAACCGUUGGAAGAAGCGAGGCAUCGCCAAGAUUCCCACCAAGUUCGGGCUCAGCUUCGCAACUGCCGUUCAUUUGAACCAAGCCGGAGCUUACGUCAAGAUUUACGAGGACGGGUCAGUCCUGCUGCAUCACGGUGGCACCGAAAUGGGCCAAGGCUUGUACACAAAGAUGGCCCAAGUUGCGGCCGAGGAGUUGGGAGUCAGUGUGGACGAGGUUUUCAACAAGGACUCUCAGACUGACCAGGUUGCCAAUGCGUCGCCAACUGCAGCAUCCUCUGGAAGUGACCUAAACGGGCAAGCAGUCAAGAAUGCCUGCGAUCAACUUCGGGAGCGACUCGCGCCGUACCGAGAGAAAUACGGUGCUGAUGCCCCUAUGUCACAGAUCGCACACGCAGCCUACCAAGACAGAGUCAAUCUGGCGGCAAAUGGCUUUUGGAAGAUGCCCAGGAUUGGUUAUGAAUGGGGCAAUUGGAAGGAUCCGCUGCCCAUGUACUAUUAUUGGACUCAGGGAGUUGCAAUCAGCGAAGUCGAACUCGACACGUUGACGGGAGACUCGACGGUUCUGAGAACCGAUAUCAUGAUGGACAUUGGAAGAUCCAUCAACCCAGCCAUCGACUAUGGCCAAAUUGAAGGGGCUUUCGUACAAGGGCAGGGCCUCUUCACAAUGGAGGAGUCCUUGUGGACAAAGUCGGGCGAACUCUUCACCAAAGGCCCGGGAACGUACAAGAUCCCAGGAUUCUCAGACAUCCCUCAGGAGUUCAACGUGUCGACGUUGCAGCAUGAUUCCGAGGGCAACCCGAUCAGCUGGAGCAAGCUUCGUUCCAUCCAGAGCAGCAAAGGAACAGGAGAACCUCCUCUAUUCCUUGGCUGCUCGGUCUUCUUUGCUCUGAGAGAAGCUGUCAAGGCGGCCCGUGAAAUGAACCACGUGAGGGAACCGCUGGUGCUCAAUGCCCCCAGCACGGCUGAGAAGUUGAGGUUAGCUGUUGGAGAUAACUUGUGUUGCAUCGGAAACAUGUCCAACAACGAAACCGAAACACCAGUGCCCGUUGCUCCGGUCCCCGCCAGCCCCAUUGAGGCGGCUGAUGAGCCGGCGGCCCCUAGCAACGAAACCGAAGCACCCGCACCCGCGCCCGCGCCCGCGCCCGCUGCUCAAAUCCCUGCCGACGCCAUUGAGGCUGCCGAUGAACCGGCGGACCCGAGCGAGUUUGAUCCUGUCGAAUGGGACGCCAGGUCCUCUGAUUCCGCUUCGUUGAGCUCCAGCGUGUACGCUCAUGAAUAUGAGAACGGACGUCGCUACCAUAGCUACCGCCAUGGGCGGUACCCAAUGCCUAACGACGAGGGAGAAAAGAGCAGAGAAGACAUGAAGCAUGCGUUGAUGAUGGAGCUGACUGAUGGCAAACUCUUCUACUCUCCCAUUGGAGAUGAUCCCAGAAAGAUCAUUGAUAUCGGGACUGGUACCGGAAUUUGGGCGAUUGAAGUCGCGGAUCAGUUUCCAGGAGCAGAUGUCUUGGCCUUUGAUUUAUCUCCAAUGCAGCCAUCCUGGGUCCCUCCUAACCUGAAGUUCCUUGUCGACGAUGCCGAAGACGAGUGGCUGAACGGAGGCGACUUCGACCUGAUCCACUUGCGAACCAUGGCCACGGUCUUGAAGAAGACCGACAAAAUCCUAAACGAUGCUUAUGAGAAUUUGAAGCCCGGCGGCUGGGUAGAGUUCCAGGAACUCCAUUUCCAAGUGCAGUGCGACGAUGGAAGCAUGGCCGAGGAUGACAAGUACAAAGCAUUUCACGACCUCCUGAUAGACGCCUUCAACCUUUUCGGGAUGAACAUGCACAAGGCCCGGGAUCUAAGACCUCACAUUGAAGCUGCAGGCUUCAAGAACAUCCACUGCGAAAUCAAGAAAGUGCCGAUUGGUAUAUGGGCAAAGGAUAAGACUUUGCGGCUAAUUGGGAAGUAUAUGCAGGGAGCUGUCCUCGGCGCGUUGCAGGCCUUUGAAAAGCCACUCAUUGCGCAUGGUCUGACCCCAGUGGAGGCGGCCGUGUGGACAGCCACGGCCAGAAAGGAGAUGGACGACUUGAGUAAGCAUCGUUACUUCAACUUCUACUUCUGGUACGCUCAGAAACCUUUGGACGCGCCAGAGCACAGUCCGGAGCCCGGUAACUGA